AUGGACAGGAGGGGUUUGCUAUUACCGGCCACCCGGGAAAGAAAGUACGACUACCUCAUACUUGACCGUUGGGGAUUGGACGGGUGGACGAAAUAUUACGGACUCGUCUGCUCAAACAACGGAUCAUUGGUGAGGCCUCAUUUCCUAGAACUGAUUCAAGUUCUCACAUAUUUCAGGUAUCUCAUCAGUGGAGUCGAGGCUUGGCUACCUUCUCGAUCCAGUGGCUUCGUGAUUAUCGGAGACAGUAUCACCGAUGGACAGAGAAGCACACUGCAAAUGCAAACAAUCGGUAUGAAUGCUUCCAAGCUUGGAUGUGUCUCUGGGAUAACUGAACGAGACAGUUGGCCGGAUUUGCUUCUGAAAAAAAUGCAGAAACAUGGCUCAACGUCGAAUAUCGCGACCCUCAACGAAACAGCUGGAGGAAACCGCAUUCUCCGGGAUGGCCUUGGUCCCAGUGUACUCAGCCGUAUUGACCGAGACGUGCUAGCGCAAUCAGGUGUGCGGUAUGCCACGAUUUUCGAAGGUAUCACAGAUACUGGUGUCGCGAGCACCGAUGCUGUCUCACAGGACGAGAUAGACAAACAACUUGUGGCGGCAUAUAAACAGAUCGUGACACGGAUACAUGCUUUAUGUAUCCCUGUUUUUGGUGCUACCAUUACCCCUGGCAUAUUUGAUGCAGUGCUUGACUUCGAUCGAGUGCUGAGAGAUCCACAAGCCCCGCCUCAGCUGUUGGGGAAGUAUGACUCGGGUAAUCAUUUGCAUCCCAAUAUCGCGGGAUAUCAAGCGUUGGCAGAUUCCUUCCCUCUUGAUACCUUCUCGGGCUCAGAUUGA